AUGGACAAGUUUCUCCGCGAGCCUACCACCACGACUUCAUGUCGCACAAUAGUCGUUGAAGGGCUUUCUAAGACUGCGAUACGUAUAUUGGGCGACGUGUAUGGACUAGACCCAGAGGUAUUUUUGCAACACUCUGCCGGCAGACCACAUUUCGAUCAAGAGACACCGACAUCGGAUAUGAAUCAGACCACGACAUCGUGUGUAACUCUCCAAUGGAGUGCAGCAGGUCAUAUCGAUAUCAAAUCCUUGAUACUUGCCUUAAACUUUGGGCUUGUAAAGCCCGUAUUUCCUCAAGAAUUGGAGAACUUAGCAGGCCGGGCGGCUUUCAUCAGUCAUGGACCGGACCCGUCGGGAGUGAUUAUUCCCGACUCCUCGACGGCGAUUCUAUGUCCAUUCGGAAUGUCCUCCAGCAGUGGUGUGGCUGCGCUGGAGAAGAGACUGACGCUUCAUUUCGUGGGAACAUCACGCCUGAGGCCUUACCAUACAACCCUCAUUCUUUGCGACCCUGCCCCAGUAUGUUAUGCAGACGAGGGUCGCAUGCGGACAUUGUUUUCAGGCUUGCCGCGCCAAAGAGCUUCUGCCCACAACGCUGCUCUUCGCCCCAACGGUGACGGAAGGGGUCUGAAGCUUCAUCGGUACAGUGAAAUAGAUGGAACUGAGUUGUCAACUGCUGCAACCGCCUGGCGAUAUCUCGGGAAGGCGCUUCCUUCACCUCAGUCCAAGAUCGCCCCCAAAGCUCGUAUUUUAUCUUGUGUUUUGCAAACUAUCUGUCAAGACCAUGCUGCGCUACUGAACUCACUGAUUAACGAAUUGAGCUCACUGCGAGCACAGCUACCGGAUGAGCAGCAUAUACUCUCUUCGUUGAAGUAUCUGCAAUGGGCACUCCUUCAGCAUGACGCUCUACUACACGAUAUGGAACGGAGCUUGUCGCAAUUGCGGGUGCUGUGGAGCAAUACAAGAUUGCAAAUGGAAGAUUCGACUCGACUGCAUCCCUACAAGUGUGCAUGGAAAAUACCGAAUACGCGCAGAACAGCGACAGAUGGCCUUGAGGAGCAAAUUGUCGAUUUGCUAGAGCGGCAUUACGGCACGAGGGCUAAAAAACUCGAGAUGUUUAACACUCUUGCCACCACGGUCUCAAUAAUCGAGAGCGAGCGACAGAUUCAAGAAGCAACGUCAGUGACUAAGCUCACCGAGCUGGCCUUCGUUUUCAUACCCCUAUCCUUCUCGGCAUCGUUGUAUAGCAUGCAGGUCAAAGAGUUGCAGAACGGCGUUUCUCUCUGGAUAUUUGUCACGACUGCCAUUUUAAUUCUGGUCCUCUCUUACACCAGUCGACUUACCCUCCGAAGUUGAAUCGUUGCACGUAUGAAGCACGGAUAUAUUCAAAGUGUUAGGAGGACAGCCAAGCUACAUGCCGACGAUCCAAUACCGGCAACCACCGCCUUCAUAUGGGUAGUUAAGAAGUUUGUGCUUCCAAGCUUCGUGGUCCUCUUUGUUUUAGGUGUUUACGUGGGACCAAUUGUAGGAAUCGUCUACUUAUGGAGGUCGCACUUGUCGCAUACCGCGAAGGUUGCAGCAACUACUGUGAUAGUGG